AUGGCACCCCCCGAGGACCGCCCUGAGUGUGAUCCCCCCGAGUCCGAUCCUCCCUCACCCCCGGGACCGCGAUACAACCACUACUACAGCGUGCGCGACCCGACCAGCGCCGAGUGGCAGGCCGCCUGGCCGCGCCUCGUCCUCGACCUUCGGAACUUUUUCGAGGCAAUCCUCUCUUUUUGGCUGCCACAGCGUCCCAUCAUCGGCGACGAGGGCAUCUUCGUGGACUGGCGCGGCGACAGCGCCCGCGACAACCUCGAGAUCACCCGCACCGGACCGACGAGUCUUCGGGUGGUCUGCAUGUCGCGGCGCGAUAUGGACAUGGCCGUGUCAUGCAUUCUGUUGCGUGCCGUCACGCUGGCUCCGGCCGAGUUCCAGCUCAGAUCCGAUGGCCCCUGGGAUGGCGAGCACUGGCUCCGAGCACGAUUCAUGUCCCGACGGCAAUGGCCAGACGAGGUUGGCGACGACUGCCCCUGGGCGCAGUACGAAGAGGCCGUGCAUAGCGAGUAG